AUGCAGUACCCGCAAUCAACAUCCAAAAGGCUGGGGUGGAUUUGGAAGCUCCAACUCCCUCCGAAAAUCAAGUUCUUUCUCUGGCGAGGUUUUAUGAAUUCACUGGCUGUGAACUAUAAUCUCCGGCAUAGAAGAAUGGAUGUCCCCAACGUGUGUCCAUUAUGUGCGACUGAAGAAGAGACUCAUCGUAUUUUCUUUGACUUCGAGUUUGCACGAGCCUUUUGGUUUUCUUGUCCACUGCAACUUGAUGUCACAAGGCUUGGACAGGGCGAUAUGAAGGCAUAUGCUCGGAAUCCUUCUUAG